CUCCUCCCGUUUCUCAUCAAGGCCUUCCCCUCUCCCCUCCCUGUCCCUUCACAUACUGCCUUUGAUCAGAGACAACACUGGAUCACUCCCCCCCUCCCGUGUUCGUAUGAGCAGCCGAAUCCCCGCACCCACUCGAGCUUUUGAUCACAAGAACGAUACAUCAAGCUCGCCAGCCUCCCAUACACCCAGAGCUCCUCGCCCCAGCUCUGUCUACUACGCAGCAAAGGAGAACACGCCCUUAGGUCAAGCAUCGCAAGACGAUAAGAUGAGCUCACUCAGUGGAUCUGCCAGCUUCAGGAACUCGCCUGCCGCUGGAGAUAGCACUGAUACAAGGAAGAGGCAGAACAAGAGGGAUGAGGCUAUUCGGAAAAAGAUCGAGGCCGACCUAAACCGCAAGGCCGGCAAGCCUUCCACCCCUCGCCGAGGAACUGGACCUCGUCGUGGCGCUGGAGGUUUCCGCCCUGCCCCUGUCGCGGGUACUGUUUCAGCCCUCCGACCUCUUCCUGCUCUGACUGUGCCUCAGAGCAUCAGUGUCGCCGAUGCCAGUCAGCUCUGUGCUGCUAAGCGAACCGACUGUGUCUUGGUCGUGGACGAUGAUGAGCAUCUCGCCGGUAUUUUCACCGCCAAGGACCUGGCAUUCAGAGUCGUGGCGGGAGGCCUUGAUGCUCGCAACACCCCGGUCUCAGCUAUCAUGACCCGAUCUCCUAUGGUUACUCGCGACAGCACUUCGGCUACCGAGGCUCUCAACACCAUGGUCACUCGUGGCUUUAGGCAUCUGCCCGUCUGCAAUGAAGAAGGCGACGUCGUUGGUCUCCUGGACAUUGCCAAGGUCUUCUACGAAGCUCUUGAGAAGCUCGAACGCGCACAUGGUUCAUCGCAGAAGCUCUACAACGCCCUCGAGGGAGUACAGAGCGAGUGGGGAGGUGGUGUUGCCGGACCUCAGCAGGCGAUGAUGGAGUACGUCGAGGCUCUGCGACAGAAGAUGUCCAUUCCCGACCUCACCACCAUCCUCGACAGCCGCACCCUUCCCUGCACCGUCAGCGUUCGAACUACGGUGCGAGAGGCUGCCAAGCUCAUGAAGGAGCACCGAACUACGGCCGUCUGUGUCAUGGAGAGCACUGGAGGACCUGGGCAGGGAGCUGUGGGCGGUGGCGGUGUCGUCCAGGGCAAGAUCGCUGGUAUCUUUACUAGCAAGGACGUCGUUCUGCGAGUCAUCGCAGCCGGACUGGACCCCAAGUCGUGCAGUGUUGUUCGAGUCAUGACACCACACCCAGAUACCGCCCCUCCCAGCUUGAGCAUUCAAGAGGCUCUGCGAAAGAUGCACGACGGUCGCUACCUCAAUCUGCCCGUUGUUGACAUCGACUCUCGUCUGGUUGGCGUCGUAGAUGUGCUGAAGCUGACCUACGCUACCCUGGAGCAGAUCAAUUCCAUGGCAGAAGAUGCCAGCGGCGAGGGAGGCGCUGGCGGUGCUGGACCAAUGUGGAACCGCUUCUGGGCUCUAGGUCAAUCAGGGACCGCCUCUGUGGGCGAUGAGGAGUCCAUGGUCAGCGGCAGCCACCGAAUGUCCGAAGCUCCUGAGCACCCUGGUACCCCCAACCGCUAUGCUGCCGACGGUAGCUCCGACUUGCACCCCAACGACUCUGCCUCUGCCGUUGGCGACGGAAAAGACGACGGACAGUCGGCCGUCGGCAUGGGAGCUGGAGGUCGAGGUGGCCCUGAAGCCGACGAUGGAACGUACCUGUUCAAGUUUGUCACUCCUUCUGGCAGGACGCACCGUUUCCAAGCUCGAUAUGACAACUUUGAGACGAUUCGCGAGAUUGUCUGCAUCAAGCUCUCCGGCGACCCCUUUUUCGAGGAAGACUCGACGGCUGCUGCAGCUGCAGCCAAUGGCGAUGCCACUUCUUCAAGCGCGCCUCCUGAUCCCAACGACUUUACAAUUGCCUACAAGGACGACGAGGAUGACAUUGUCCUCAUGACUGCCGAUGGCGAUGUGCAAGACUCGGUCAAGACCGCUCAAAAGCAGGACCGUGACCGUGUCGUCUUGCUCCUUCAGGGUGGGAGGGGUUGGACCGAAGCGGCGGCGCGACAGGCCGACGCUUUGCCUCAGAGUAAAGAUUUGACCAAUGGUGCAAAGAGGAGAAACAGAGAGGCGGCAGAGGCGCAGUUGCAGACGCUUGAAGAAGAAGAAGAGAAGGAAGACGAGGCAGAAGUGGGUGGAGAGCGUGGGGUCGGUGCAGAUGGAGAGCCAAAGAAGAAGGUGACUGCUGCUGGUCCCAAUUCUAGCUCUUCCAGUGUUGGUGGUAGGAAAAAGGCAACGGGAGACGAUGCUGAGUUACUCUUUGGUUUCCUACCCAAGGAACUAGCCCUCCCCGCCGCCAUUGGAUUUGCAGGCGUAGCGGUCCUGGUAGGUCUAGUAGCCACGAGGACUAAUGCUGCACAGCACUAGAAGGGGGCUUUUCUCAAAUGGAAGGAAAGCGUCCUCCUCUCCCUCUGCCUCUGUCUCUCCCUCUCUGCUCUUC